AUGGUGGUUCGAUCUCUAGACAUAGAGAAAGAUCCGUUCAGACCAAGGGAUGAUGGAGAAGAGGUGUUGGGACCUGAAGUUCCAUACCUUAGUGCUGUUGGAGCGCUUAUGUAUCUUGCAAAUUGCACAAGACCUGAUAUUGCAUUUGCAGUGAAUCUACUUGCUAGACAUAGCGCAGCUCCCACCAAACGUCAUUGGUCUGGAGUGAAGAAUAUCUUUCGAUAUCUCCAAGGCACAAAGGAUCUUGGCCUAUUUUUCCAGUUCCAGAAAAAUCAGGACUCUGAUAUGAUUGGAUAUGCAGAUGCCGGUUAUUUGUCUGAUCCCCAUAAUGCCAGAUCUCAGACCGGCUUCGUGUUCCUACAUGGUGGCACUGCUAUAUCAUGGAAGUCUUCGAAACAGACUCUGGUGGCAACAUCUACCAAUCAUUCUGAAAUAAUUUCAUUAUUUGAAGCAACAUGCGAAUGUAUGCAAACAGGAUACAUCAAGAGUAAUAUCACCAAGCAUAUUUCUCCUAAAUGGUUUUUCCCCCAUAAUCUUCAGAAAAGCGGGGAAAUAAGCAUUCUGCAAGUCAAAUCAUGCGACAACCUUGCUGAUUUAUUUACCAAGUCUCUACCAAAUUCUACAUUCCAGAAAUGUGUUCAUGGAAUUGGAUCUCAUCAAAGAUUUUAUGAAGAACUUUUGAAGGAGAAUCUUUUGAGAUGA